GCGAGGUUCCGGUGGCCUGACGGCGGCGCGAGCUCGGGGGGCCGGAUGUUGGCGGUUGCUCUCCGGGCCAUUGCGUGUGGGCGCGGCUGUGGGGUACCGGCUGCCGCCUGGAUAUGUAGCAGGCGGAGCUACUGCCGUGCAGACAGUGAUGGUGCCAAAACACAAGAGCUUAAGAUUCCCAAGAUCUACACAAAAACAGGAGACAAAGGGUUUUCCACCAUCUUCACUGGAGAGCGCAGACGAAAGGAUGAUGUUAUAUUUGAAGCUUUGGGCAGUACAGAUGAAUUGACGUCUGCCAUUGGGCUGGCAGUUGAAUUCUGCCUGGAGCAAGGUUAUGAAUUUGGAGAGGAACUUUACAAGAUCCAGUGUGUGUUACAGGAUGUUGGAUCCAAUGUAGCUACUCCCAUUUCUUCUGCACGAGAGAGCCAUCUUAAGAGAACAGCAUUUAGUGAAAAGCCAGUGAUUGAACUGGAGAACUGGAUAGAUCGAUAUACAAAGCAGCUCCCACCUCUCUCGAAUUUCAUCUUGCCAUCAGGAGGAAAAUGCAGUGCAAGCUUGCACCUGGCACGAGCAAUUUGUCGUAGGGCAGAGAGGGGCAUUUUCCGCAUUGUACAAGCUGGAGAAGCUGACCAGAAUGCUGCAAGAUACCUCAACAGGUUAAGUGAUUACCUGUUCACGUUGGCAAGGUAUGCUGCGAUGAAAGAAGGGAAAAGGGAGCAAAUUUACAAGAGGCCAAAUAUGAACUAGAUCAAUGUUGUCCUAAUUCCACCUGAAAUGAAGAUGGGUGAUCCCUUUGUCAGCUGAUUUAUUAAAAAUUAUAAACUGUAAUAUGUCUAAAUCCUUGUAUUGGUAGCAAUGCUAUCUUCUUUGAAAUUCAAUUUCAGGCAAGUGUUGUUAAAUUAGCUACUUAAUAUUGUCUGUCUUCAUUUGUGGGAGAAAUGAGCUGGUUUGCUCUUUAAUUUCCCAUUGCAGGCAAUGGCAAAAAGUGAAUUUUUUUUUCUGUUUCAUAUUUUUCAUAGCUUAAUUACACUUUCAGACACUUGUGGCAUGGUGGUUAUGUCCCUGUCUCUGGAUCAGGAAGCUAGGGGAAAAGUCCUAUAUGCUUCAGAGGUGCGUUCUAACAUGUCUAAACAGGUCAAUUUAAAAAUACCUACAAAUACAGCUAGCUUUGGUCUGUACUGGAUGGACAAAGCAUUUUGAUGGAAACCUAGGCACAGUUAAUAACCCCAGCCUCACUACACUAUAUACUCUGGGGAUUCUAAUGCUGACUUCAGAUUACCUUGGGUUCAUUGUUGCCUAGUAUGAUCAGGACAUUUAGCAGAGGACAUUUCCCAUCUAUGAAAUAUAUUGACAGCCACCUUAUUCUGAGAAGAACUGUAUUUGUCUUUUUCCCAAAAAAUAUUUUAUUUUUCUGUGCCUUCUGGUUAGGCACAAUGUAUACCUAUCAAACAAAGAGAAAAUGACUACUUCCAGAAGUUUUGAGGCAGGACCAUUCUUCUCCCCAUGUGGCAAAUUAAACGUUUGCUCUACUAACAUGUAUGAAAUGAGAUAUUAAAAUUAGGAAUUCUAUUUUCUGUUUUACAAUGCAUAGAAGCAUUGUGCAUAUUUUUUUAUAAACAUCAACCUGGCUUAAAAACAAAGGGGUAAGAAAUUCAUUUGACCCAUUUGUAUCUGAAAGAAAGCCAGCUGACAUCGGAGUUCUCGACUCAGCCGCUGUCCAGUUUUUAUUUUUGCAGAUAUUCUGGAUAGUUUACGACUGUGUAAUGUUAAGUGAUGAUUAUUUGCAUCAAUUCAUUACAGAAAAUAAAGCCUUUUAGGAUGAAUCCAAUCAGAUAUUUGUGUUGAGCUGACUGGGCUAAAAAUGCAUUAUAAAUAAAGUUAUUGAAGAAA